CUAUACGGACAGUGAAUGCGGCACAAGAGAGUGUGAGAGAGUGAGAGAGACAGUGAGAGAGGGAGAGGGCGAGAAAGAGAGAUCGAAGGAGAGAGAAAGGGAGAGAGAAAGCCGACAACUGUCUUACACUGUAUUUUUUUUGCUUCAGGGUUCCAAGAAACAAACAAGAACACAAAAACGUUUGUAAUAUACUCCGAAAGAGAAAAAGUGAGAGAGCACGCUGAGAAGCGUUUUAUUACUUUUCUGCCAGGCUGAACUGUUAUUCCGAGGUACCGUGUCCUACGUGGAGAUUUCUUUAAUUCACAGAACGUAUGCAUGAUACGUUUAUGUGCAUAAUUGUUUAGACAGGGUGUACAAAAAUAUAACAGUAAGUUAUGGAAUAAUGAAUAUUCGUCUCUGUGACAGUUGACCUAUUAAAACAUCGACGCGUUUAAAUAAGUAUUUACUUAAACCUUGAAAUCGUCGUGUACAUUUUUUUAUUCGUUUAAGUGUGUUUUUCUCUUUUUCUGCAGCUUUCUGCGUUUAGAACAUUUCACAAGUGUACCUAUGAAUACCGUUCUCUCCUAGGGAUCGCCUAUAUAUUUCAGCGCAGGAGACACUGAAGACAGCGGAUUACAAUGUUCAGGAUUUUUGAGGUUUUGGCCACUUUAGUGGUUGUCUCCUUCAUGGUUGAAAGGGUUCAUUGCGGUUAUGGGAUGAGCAUGUUCGCAGCUCAGACGUCUCCGCCGGAUCCGUGUUACGACGAGAAUGGCAACCCCAGGAGAUGCAUCCCCGAUUUCGUGAACUCCGCGUUCGGGAAGGAAGUGCGUGUUUCCAGCACCUGUGGAAAACCGCCCGCUAGGUACUGCGUAGUGACGGAAAAAGGAGACGAGAGGAACAGGAACUGUCACAUUUGCGAUGCCGGUGACCCUAAGAAGCAUCACCCACCGGCAUAUUUGACAGAUCUUAACAACCCUCAUAACCUCACUUGUUGGCAAUCGGAAAACUACGUCCAGUACCCGCAGAAUGUCACGAUGACACUGUCCCUGGGUAAAAAAUUUGAAGUGACUUACGUGAGCCUGCAGUUUUGCUCCCCGCGACCCGAAUCUAUGGCGAUAUUUAAGUCAAUGGACUACGGAAAAACCUGGGUCCCGUUCCAGUUUUAUUCCACCCAGUGCAGGAAAAUGUAUAAUAAACAAAACAAGGCAGCUAUCACCAAGCAGAACGAACAAGAAGCCAUCUGCACAGACUCUCACACGGAUAUGCAUCCACUCUCCGGGGGUCUUAUUGCAUUCAGCACCUUGGAUGGUAGACCCUCGGCGCAUGACUUUGAUAACUCGCCUGUGCUUCAGGACUGGGUCACCGCUACCGAUAUCAAAGUGACAUUCAGCCGACUGCACACUUUUGGGGAUGAGAACGAGGACGACUCGGAGCUCGCGCGGGACUCCUAUUUCUACGCAGUCUCGGACUUGCAGGUUGGCGGUCGCUGCAAGUGCAAUGGCCACGCGUCGAGGUGCGUAAAAGACCGGGAAGGAAACCUUGUUUGCGAAUGCAAGCACAACACUGCGGGCCCGGAGUGUGACAGAUGUAAACCGUUUCAUUACGAUCGACCUUGGCAGCGCGCUACAGCCCGAGAAGCCAACGAGUGUGUCGCCUGCAACUGCAACCUGCACGCUCGCCGCUGCCGCUUCAACAUGGAGCUGUACAAGCUGUCCGGCCGGCGGAGCGGCGGCGUCUGUCUCAACUGCCGGCACAACACUGCGGGGCGGCACUGCCACUACUGCAAGGAGGGCUACUACCGGGACCUGGCCAAGGCCAUCUCACACAGGAAGGCCUGCAAGGCGUGCGAAUGCCAUCCUGUGGGAGCCGCCGGCAAAACCUGCAACCAGACGACGGGUCAGUGCCCCUGCAAAGACGGCGUGACGGGCACCACGUGCAACCGGUGCGCUAAGGGCUACCAGCAGAGCCGCUCCCCCAUCGCCCCCUGCAUCAAGAUUCCCGUGGUGCCUCCCACGACGACUGCGAGCAGCACGGACGAGCCCACAGAUUGUGAUUCCUACUGCAAGGCGUCCAAAGGCAAGCUGAAGAUCAGCAUGAAGAAGUACUGCAAGAAAGAUCAUGCUCUCCAGGUGCACAUCCUGAAGGCAGACAAGGCUGGCGAGUGGUGGAAGUUCACGGUGAACGUCAUCUCCGUCUACAAGCAAGGGCAGAGCCGCAUCCGACGCGGGGACCAGCUCCUCUGGGUCAGGGCCAAGGACGUGGCCUGCAAGUGUCCCAAGAUCAAGCCUGGGAAGAAGUACCUGCUGCUGGGGAACAAUGACUCGUCCCCAGACCCGAGCGGCGUGGUGGCAGACAAGGCCAGCCUGGUCAUCCAAUGGCGGGACAUGUGGGCCCGGCGACUGAGAAAGUUCCAGCAGCGUGAGAAGAAGGGCAAAUGCAAGAAGGCCUAGAGC